AUGGCGAAGGGCAAAGGUGGCGACAACAGCAAGAAAGCGGCUGGACAGGGCCGAAAGGCAGAGGCGGCGGCUCGUAAACAAGCUGAAGCUGAGACUCAAGCUGCUGCAGAGGAGGAUCAGGUAUGGGAACAGGGAUCCAAGAAGAAGAACGCCAAGAAGGAAGAAGAGGAAGCCAAGCGCGAAGAGGCUCGUCGCAAGAAGGCCGAACGAGAGCAGCUGUUGGAAAUGGAGGCUGCUGAAAACAAGAGCAAGCCCCAGAGCUCCAAAAACAAAGGCCGCGACAAGAUCCUGGCCCGCCGGGGUGGUGGGAUCGACGCAGCGCUGGCCGCGGCAGAAGGUGGCAGUCUGAGCGCCCGCAAUAUCGAUGAUGCUAUUUCCGCGCUUCAGAUCGCAGCCGGUAAGGAUACAGACAAGGCCGAGCGCCAUCCCGAGCGCCGGUUCAAGCCCGCACUGCGCGCUUACGAGGAGCGACGUCUGCCCGAGAUUCGCGAGGAACACCCUGGUCUUCGCUUGAACCAGUACAAGGAGCUUAUUUUCAAGGAGUUCGAGAAGAGCGCGGAGAACCCCUUCAACCAGGUCUCGGUCGACUACAAUGCUAAGCGAGGGGAUGUCCGAGAGGCAUUAGAUAAAGCCAAGAAAGCUAAAGAAGAUCGCCUUCGCGGUUGA